AUGAAUAGUUAUCAAUAUGAUAAUGCUCACUUUACAGUUUAGGUAACAAGAAAACAUUUCUUCUCUGAUAAGGUUUAUUAACUUUACUUAUUCCAAGAUGAAAUCGUUAUGACAGAUGUAUGCUCCAUUUUGAUAAAUCUAGAACACAUUACGUUAACCUAAAUACAUAAUUAAAUUAAAUUUGACUACUACAAUCAAUUGGAUUGUUUAGGACUUAAAAAUAUUAGCUUUUUCUAUUGCUUAUCAAAAUACUAUUAAAGCUUUUUAUGCUCCUAAAUUACAACUUUUAAAAGAAAUGAUUGCAGGCAGAGUUUUUUAUACUUCAAUUACUGAAUUUUAUUAAAUUUAAAUGCUUGUAGGAAAUGGAAUGUCAGGAGAAGUAUAUAAAAUAGUAUAUUCAUAUAGGUUUAUAGAUGUGUCUCUAAUACUGGAGAAUAUUUUGCAGUUAAGAAAUGUGAAAAAAUGAAAUUAGCAUCUCAUGAAGGAGGAAUUGUAAUUAUAUUUCCAUUAUCUUAGCCUCAAUUAAUACAUGAACUCUCAUUAUUAUAAUCUCUUUAACAUCCAAAUAUCUUAAAAUUAAAGGAAGUCUAUACUGAUUAAUCAUAUUAUUACAUUGUUACAGAAUUUAUUGAUGGAAGAGCAUUAAGUACGGAAUUAUAAUCUAGACCAUAUGGAUUGAGUGUAGCUGAAACUAUUAAGAUAAUGCUUUAAAUUCUUGAUGCUUUAAUCUAUAUAUCAAAUAGAGGGAUUAUGCAUAGAGAUAUAAAUCCUCAUAACAUUAUGAAAUCAGAUUCUAUUAAAUUAAUUGAUUUUGGUUUAGCUAGAAAAAUCAAAAAUUAGUUAAUAUUUCCAACUUCUGGUACUCCUGGCUAUAUAGCACCAGAGAUUAUUAAUUUUAAUAAAGACAAAUUAUAUGAUGAUAGAGCUGAUGUCUAUAGUUUGGGAUGUGUUCUUUAUAAAUUGUAAUUUCACUCUUUCUAACAUAUAGGUUAACUGGAGAGAAUCUUUUUCAUAAACAAAAAAAUAUCUUCUAAGAAAAUAAAGAAGGUAUUUAUGAAUUAAGAAAAAAUUAUUAACAUCCUGAAGUGAAUUCUAUAAAAAUGGAAUAAUUAUUUAUUUUAUUACCUUAUAUGUUAGAGAAUGAUCCCAAUAAUAGAAUGAAUGCUAAAGUAUGUAAAAUUGUAAUUUAAGAGAUUGAUAAUAAUAAUUAAUAAAUUGAAAAAUUAAUUAAGAAACUUGUGAUUUUCAAAUAAUUUUAAUUUAGUACUGAAGAAACACAUAAUGAAAAUAAAACUCCACAUAGUUUGUCAACUAAUAGUCAAAAGUAUAAAAAGUAAUCUAUGGAUAUUCUUAAGAAAUCUGAUGAUACUUCAAUUAAAGGACAUAAAAAAUAAUAAUAAACUAUGGGUAAUCUAAAUUCAAGUUUUUAUACUAAAAAAUGA